CUUGACAUACUCUCGUUGGAGAACAUGACCUCAGGGCACAUGUUGCAUCUCGCCAGCAGCGACCAUGGUACCUCUAGGAUAUCCAGGGGCAAAGCCACUGGCAGAUGCAGAUGAACUGCUAAGCAAAUGCAGGAGAGAAAUCUGGGGGAGGAAUCUGGGGAAGCUCCCGUCUCCCGUCUCCCGUCCGAGCCACGCCCCAAGGAAUGUAACCUCUCUCAUGACCUUACCUACCCCGCACUACCUCAUUACUCUUACCGCCCACCGCCAGCACACUACUGUACCCCGUCUCAGUCCUUGUUCUGGCGGCGGCCGCCUUUCCCUGUUGAGAGCAAAAAGGGGAGGGGCAAGUCCCGAAACCAGACCGAAGAUCGCCUGGUCAGCAGCGUGCAACGGUGAUGGGUCUUUGCUUCGAACCAGUUGGUCUAGGUCGGCCGACUGGGGAGUGCAAGAUGGCUGGAUUAUCUCUCGCAUCAAGGCUUGCGUCUCCUUCCUUCUCCCUACGUUGAUACUCGUGUUUCAUAUACUGUGCUGCUUCUAUGAUGACAGGUGUGACGAGACUACGUUGAGCAUUUCGAGAUACAGGGUACACGGGACAAGGAGGGAGAGAUCUUUUGAAUAUCACUACCCCCCACAGCACACACGCACACGAUGCUCUGCCGACCUCGGCUGACCAGCCCGGCCUUCAGACGAAGCUUGUUCAAAGCAUGGCGAAAUUCACAGACCUAUAGACCGAGAUGCCAGACGGCGAGGUCAAUCAGCGGAUUGGUAAAGAGUAUUGCCCAAGGCCCAACUGACCCACCAUUGCUUCACGACACCAUUCCUCAACACUUCGCUUCCGUCGUCUCCCAACAUGGUGACCGUCCUGCAGUGAUAGCGCGAUCGCCAACGGCUAUCCCCGAUGCCUUCCCGAAUCUCGCGCCCGACCAGCUUCCCGAAGCUCUAGAAACGGCCCAUACAUAUGAGGAACUUGAUCGGGUAUCCAACCGUCUUGCGCAUUCCCUACGGUCGCUUGGCGUAAAGAAAGGCGAUAGAGUGGCCGUUAGCUUGGGAAACUGCGCAGAAUACGCUGCCAUCACUUACGCCGUCUUCAAGCUCGGUGCCAUUCUUGUGCCUUUGAAUCCGGGAUUCAACGCCAAGCAGGUAUCUGCUGCCCUGAAUCACCUCAACGUUGAGCUUCUGAUCAUUGGCGCUAUUACGGAUCUGGCCUACAAACCGUGCCGUGGACGGAGCAACCUCCCGCUUCUUCGGGACAUUGUUCCUGAUAUAGAGUCGGGCAGGAUCGAAGCCCCUCAUGUGCCAUCACUACGAACAGUAGUUGUCCUCGACAACACCCCUUCUCACCCUGCUUCGGAAUUUCCACCGCUAUCGUCAUGCCGGUCACUCAUCCCCUUCUCGAUUCUGAUGGAUGGCUCCGGCGCACCUGUAACACCCGAUUCACCACUCUGUCCUUCAGAGACUAUCAACAUCCAAUUCACCUCCGGCACGACCUCACACCCAAAGGCCGCCAUGCUCACUCACACCGGCAUUCUCAACAACGGCGCGCUCAUCGCCAACCGCAUGGGUCUCGAGCCCACCGACAGCAUGGUCGUUCCUCCUCCGCUCUUCCACUGUUUUGGGUGCAUUCUAGGUUACAUGGCCACAGCAACCACUGGCGCCGCCAUCCUCUUUCCAAGUCCAGCCUUCGAUCCACUAGCCUCUCUUCGCAUGGCCGCCGACCACAAGGCUACCGGUCUCUACGGCGUGGCCACCAUGUUUGUGGCCAUGCUCGAGCUCAUCGGGGCGCAGUCACAUCUCUCCGAUCCGCUCAUACCACUCAAGGACAUCGAGGACUUUCCCAACCACCUGCGCAAGGGUAUUGCGGCUGGCAGCUCCGUUCCCGAGAGUCUGAUGCGCAGGCUCUACGCAAAGAUUGGUCUGCAGGACUUGGUGAUCUGCUACGGCAUGACGGAGACCAGCCCCGUGAGCCUCAUGACAGCGCCCUCAGACCCGUUCGAGAAGCGCACCGCUUCCGUCGGCAAGGCGAUGCCACACACCAAAGUUAAGAUCGUCGACCCCCUGGACAGGACGCGAAUCUUGCCCAUUGGCGAACGCGGCGAGCUUGCUUCGGCAGGAUAUUUGGUCAUGAAGGGCUACUGGGGCGACCCAGAGCAGACAGCAGAAGUCAUGAUUACCGAGCCUGACAACGACGGAAGCGGCUCGAGCACGACAUGGAUGUAUACAGGCGACGAGGCCAGCAUGGACUCGGACGGCUACGUGGAGAUCACGGGCCGCAUCAAGGAUCUGAUCAUCCGCGGCGGUGAGAACAUCCACCCACUCGAGAUCGAGAACUGUCUGUUCCAGCAUCCGUUGAUUGCCGAGGCCAGCGUCGUCGGCGUGGCGGACGAGAAGCUGGGUGAGAGCGUGGGCGCUUUCAUUAUUGUUCACAAAGACGUCGAGCCUGUCGAGGGCGAAGGUGGGGGAGGGGAUGUGCUCUCGCUGGAGAGCACGGCGAAGGGACGUAGUGAGGGGAAGAAGACACUGACGAGACGUGAGAUCAGGGAGUGGGUUGCUAAGCAUCUGUCUCAGCAUAUGGUGCCUAAGCACGUGUUCUGGGUGGAUGAAUAUCCGAAGACGGCGAGUGGGAAGAUACAGAAGUUCAAGUUGAGGGAUCUGGCGAAGACGUUGAUUGCGGAGAACAAGGGCUGAUUUUUGGUAAUAAGUGUGAUGGUUGUGGUGGUUUAGCGGCUGAGUGUCAAAGGAGCAUUGUGGCGUUGAUCAUUGGGUUUCUUGUGGUAGGCGACAGUGGUAAUGGUAUUUGGAAAGAGAUGAAACGUUGUAUCGAGUGGCUUGAGAGCUAAUUCAGAUAUGCAGAGUACUUCACUUUGCUUUCUUUGUGUACAGAGCUUCCGGUAAGAGUUCGAGAUUGGCGAG